UCCAGGACCACCAGGACCAGCUGGCCCGCCAGGAAAGCGCGGACGGAAAGGAAAAAAAGGAGAAGUAGGAGAACCAGGCCCCGCGGGUGACAAGGGUCAAAAAGGAGAAAUGGGCUACCGGGGUCCGACAGGGGUGCGCGGAUUUCCGGGAUUUCCGGGUCCAAUUGGUUUAGACGGUCCGAAAGGGGAACCAGGUCGACCUGGGGAGAAGGGCCAAAAGGGACAAGUUGGAAGCGCCGGAAUUGAUGUUCUACAGGCAGUGAAAGGACUGAAAAGAUCUGUAACGACGCUUCGAGGAGGAACCUUGGGGUAUGCAGAGAUUGUUGCUGUCAAGGGGCUACAGGAAAGGGGCCAUAACAUUUCCGGGGAAACUAUCAUCACGCUCAAAGGAGAACCUGGUGAACCAGGUCCGCCUGGACCUCCGGGUCCUCCUGGUCCUGAGGGAAUGCCAGGACACGACGGAAGACAAGGGAUGCCAGGAGAACCAGGUCCAGCUGGCGAAAGAGGAGAACCUGGACCUAUGGGCCCUAUGGGUCCUCCAGGUGAAGAUGGGCUUAUAGGACCAAAGGGUGAAAAAGGAGAUAAGGGUGAACGAGGGUUGACGACGACUUUAGCAGGGGACCAGUUCCCGACUGGUAUCAUCGAAGGACCCCCGGGACCACCAGGACCACCAGGCGAGAAAGGUGACGUUGGUCUAAUGGGCCCUCCUGGUGUACCCGGACUAGACGGCCCACCCGGCCCACAGGGCCCACCUGGUCUUCCUGGACUUAUCGGUCCAAAAGGUGAGAAAGGCGAAUAUGGCGAUAUUGGACCUCCAGGACUGAUGGGUCCUCCUGGUCUACCGGGUCCUCCAGGUUAUCCUGGACAGAAAGGAGAGAAGGGAGAAAAAGGCGAAUCGAAGUACAAAAAAUUGAGAAGGCGACAGUUCCAGGGAGACGGUACCGGAGAAGUGACCGCCGGCGAGGUGGUUAUGGGCCCACCAGGACCACCUGGUCCUCCUGGAACGCCAGGAUUACAAGGACCUCCUGGCAUUAAGGGUGAUAGAGGAAUGGAUGGAAUAAAAGGCGAACCGGGAGAGAAGGGUUCAAAGGGAGAUCCAGGACCAAUGGGUUUACCUGGUCCAAUGGGUUUAAGAGGGGAAAUUGGACGGCCAGGUGAUUAUGGAAAGCCAGGGCCCAUGGGCCCGCCGGGUCUCGAUGGAAUGAAAGGCGCUCAAGGUGAACCUGGAAGCAAAGGAGAAAGAGGAGACCCUGGUUUACCUGGUACAGAUGGAAUUCCCGGUCAGGAGGGGCCGAAAGGUGACAAAGGAAGUAAGGGUGAAGCUGGCCCAAUAGGUAAAAGAGGAAGAAAAGGUGAUAAAGGUGACAAAGGAGAUCAAGGGGUUCCAGGAUUAGAUGCACCGUGUCCUUUGGGCACAGAUGGUUUGCCUCUACCAGGAUGUGGUUGGAGACCACCAAAGGAAGCAAAUCGACUGGUGCCGCCUCCCACUAGCCACUCUGACUUUGAUAUUGAGGAUCCAGUUGACGACAAUGCCGAUGAUUAUGAAGAAGUCGAUGAGGAGUAUGAGGAAUAUCCCGAAAUGAACCAGGCGCUUCCUGUUUCUGCAUCGGCCAUUUAACAUUUAAUUAACUUUUUCGUAUUUUUAGUGCUCACUUUAUUAACUUGAACUGACAACGUGUAUUGCGAACCCAAGGACAUCUAAAGUACUUAUAGUGCCAAUAAGUGUAUGUGUUUUGUAAAUAGUGUUCCGUCAGAGACUGAUCUUGGACUUCCAGUGAUUUUUUAAACUAGUUUUAGAAAGUUAAAAGUAUAAUUUAUUCGUUGUUAAGUAAAUAUAUACAUAUAGUUUUUUACUGUAUAGUCCAAAUGUCUAAUAUUUAUUGUUCCUCCAAAUAUAAAACUUAGUGUAGGUGUAAUAGAAUUUCAAGAUGUAAAGGUUUAUUAUUAAUGUAUACGAUAUUUAUUUAAAAUAACAUAUAACUAUUGUAAUAACUGGAUACACGAUAAGCCGUAAAUUGUUGUCUAAAUUAUAUAACACCAUAAAUUUACUAAUUAAAUUGUUGUAAUUCUUUUUUAGCCAGAAAUAAAAGUGCGUUGUAUAUUC